GCAGCUGUUGUGUUUCCAUAAAGUUGUGUUAUCCGUUGUGUGUUCUCUGAUUUCAAACAGAGAGGACACAGUCCACGGAUGUGACAUCGCCUCACUGUGCUGGAGUGAGAUGUCCGACAGCACGUGAAGGCAGCGCGGUUUGAGUUGAGGCUUUGAAGUUGCUGCGUGUCACAGGUACGAGUCCGGGAACCCGUCACACCCGCUGCCGGAGAGCACAACACACACUUUAUCCAACGCUUCAGUGACGAAGCUGAAGUUCACGCGUGUGUUUGAUUCCCCACAGAACACGCGCGCGCCGUGAACGCACAGUUGUAAGUGAGCGCGCGCUCUGUGGGAGAGACGCACGUGCGGCCGCAGCUUGGCGCGGGUUAGUCAGUCUCGAGUCAGUUCCGGUGCAGGAAGACGUGUUGGAGCGGAUGCGUGACAAUGACCCUGCUUGUUCCGCGUGUCCGCGUUUGACUCGAGCUGCGCGGCCGCACACGAGCCUCAGCCGCCGCCCGGGCCGGAUUACUGCUGCCGAGCGGACAUGGGGACUCAGGGCGCGGGACGGAAGAGGUCCAGCAAGAGGGAGAAGACCACGGCGGAGGACGAUGCCCUGAACCUCGUAGCGAGAGAGGCCGAGGCCAGGCUGGCAGCGAAGAGGGCGGCCAGGGCAGAGGCCAGAGAGAUCCGCAUGAAGGAGCUGGAGAGGCAACAGAAGGAGAUCUUUCAGGUGCAGAAGAAAUAUUAUGGGCUGAACACCAAAUUUGAUGAGCCUGUGGACAACAGAUGGGGAGAUAUUGAACAAUGGAUGGAGGACAGUGAGCGAUACUCACGUUCUUCACAGAUAACCAGGCUCUCUGACGAUGAUGAGCGGAUGUCAGUGGGAAGCCGGGGAAGUGUCAGGUCGCCCCUUGAUGCGGUCGGGGCUUAUGCUGGAGGGGGCGCCUCACUUAAGAAGCCGAAGAAAAAGAAGAAACAUAAGCACAAAGACAAAGAUGGGAACGGCAAUGACGAUGAUCACAGUGUCGUGUCCAGCAGGAGCUCGAGACUCAGUGAUGAAAGCAGAGUUUCCCGCGGGUCCAAGCUAGACCUAACGAGCUCCAGACUGAGUGACGAGAGCCGGUUGUCUCGUGCCUCGAGAUCAGAGCUGCAGCCGAGCUCCUUUGCUUCCUCUGACCUGUACGGCCUCAAUGGUCUGUCCUCCUCUAGAAACGCAGGUUCAGCUUUCAAUGGUUACCAGUCACAUGUGCAGAACUCCUUAUAUGAAGACAGCAUCUGCAGUGGAUCACGCAGACUCACUGGAUCCAGCUCCCAUCCAUUAGACUACACUAGUUAUCGCAGCUCUGGCUCCAGAGCCUCCAGCAGGGCCGGUUCAGCCCGGGCCAGCCCAGUGGACAACUGCAGCUCUGUUGCCAGUUAUUUGAGGAGUGCAGCCGGUGGCAGUGGCCUCCACCGGGACCUGGACGAUGUGACUAUCCCUGACUUUUCAGAUGUGAGUCUGUCGGCACCCACCGGAGGCAGAGGCUGGGAUGUGGAGGACAGAGAUUAUCUUGAGAAGGGAUCUCGAGCAGCUUCUGCCUUAACUGCAACAACGCUCCCAUCCUUGGGUGGGACGUCCUCCCGAAGGGGAAGUGGAGAGACGUCCUUAACUGUAGACGCUGAGACGUCCAUACGUGAAAUCAAGGAGAUUCAUGAACUGAAGGAUCAGAUUCAAGAUGUGGAAAUCAAGUACACGCAGAACCUAAAAGAAGCUAAGGACACGUUGUCAGAAGUGGAGGAGAAGUAUCGUAAAGCCAUGGUGUCCAACGCUCAGCUGGAUAACGAGAAGAACAACUAUAUGUAUCAGGUGGACACGCUCAAGGACUCGCUCAUGGAGCUGGAGGAGCUGCUGUCUGAGUCCAAUAGAGGAUACGAGGAGAAGGUCAAGGAUUUCGAGCGAGAGAAACACGCCCACGGUGUCCUUCAGUUCCAGUUCAGUGAAAUGAAAGAGACACUAAAACAAAGUGAAGAGCUGCUGAAUGAGAUCCGUCAGCUGCGUUUGAAACAGGACGGUUAUGUUAGAGAAAUAUCUGACCUGCAGGAGACGGUGGAGUGGAAGGAUAAAAAAAUUGGGGCCUUAGAGCGACAGAAAGAAUACACGGACGCAAUCCGAACUGAGCGGGAUGAGCUCAGAGAGGAGUCGGUGAAGCUCAAAGACAUUCUGAAGAAACAUGGAAUCGUGUUGGGACCUGAUCUAAGCGUCAAUGGGGACAUUGGUGAAGCAGAUGUUGACGGCUCCUCCUCUGGAGACGCUGCUCAACAACCAGCUCAGGACUCUCAGACAACAGAGGGGAACAGCAUGCUCGGCAACACAGAGGAGACUGAGGAGGUGGAUCCAGAUCAGCAUCCAGACAUUUUGAAAGAGGAAGCCAAAGAGAACCAGUUGAGCUCUGAUAAACUCUGUGAUGCUGCUGUGUCCACAAUGGAAACAUCAGCAGCUGCAGAAGAACAGCCUACAGACGAGCAACAGACAGUGGACGAGAGCACUGGAGGAAGCGACAUCAGCAAAGACUUGAAUGUUGACACUCCUGAUCAUCCAGUUACUGAAGCCAAAGAUAUAAUUGUAACAAGUGCUGAGGAGAAUAGUCCAGACACAGAAACAACCACAGAGAUUCGCCUGAGGAAACUGGUGGAUGAGCGUGAAAAGAUGAUAGAACAGGUGAAGAAGCUGAAAGCGCAGCUGGAACAGAAAUCACCAAAGAACGGCACAGACAGCGGCUCAAGCCCAGACGGUGAGGUUCUGGAAAAUGGAAAUGAUCCCAACAUCCUAGAAGUACAGAGAGACUCGAGCAGGCAAAUGAGCGACUUGAAGUUCAAACUGGUGAAGGCCGAACAGGAAGUCACAGCUUUAGAGCAAAACGUGACCAGACUGGAGGGUCAGGUGACCCGCUACAAGUCUGCAGCCGAGAACGCAGAGAAAGUGGAGGACGAGCUGAAGGCGGAGAAACGGAAGCUCCAGAGAGAGCUGCGGUCGUCCCUGGACAAGGUGGAAGAACUCGAGUCGAGCAACAGCCACCUCUCUAAAAGAAUGGAGAAGAUGAAGUCCACUCGCGGCAUGGCACAGACUCCAUAGCACCAACCCCCCCGCACAUCAAAUCCACCGCCUGUGUCCAGAGCUGGCUGAUCACAUGGAAAACAGACAUCCUGCACUCUGUCCGUCGUCUGCCUGACGGCAACAUUAGGAAAAAUGAACCCCAAAAACCCAAGUUAGUUGUUUAAUCUACAGAAUAGAGACGUCCACAAAGCAAUGUGCCAUUUUUCUCUGUUUUCUGUCUGAUGAGAAAGAAAUUCAUGAAGUGGGGGAGGAGAUGUUUGUGCACCUCGUGACUUUGGUUGAACCUCUGCACUGCUCUAGUUUAGCGUGGGGGGCACAUGAGGAGCCGGGGUACAGAACGGCACCAAGAAGACGUGUCCGUUAUCCCUCGUAGCAGGAAUGUGGCACCGCCCUCUUUCUACUGCCUCUAGUCAGGAUUCAGGAUGUGUUCUUGCCGUGCUCCCACUGAGGACAGAGAAAUCCAAGUGGACACAGAUCCCAGUGCAGUGGACAGUACCAGCGGCCAUGGCCCAAGACUUUUCCCUUAAGAGGGCGCGAGUGCUUUUGUGUGUUUUUGUGAAUGAAUGAGCGGAACUCAAGUGUAUUUUGUUUCUUUUCUGACCCAAAGCCAAAUGACAUUUAAAAAGGUAAAUGUUGGGGUGUCAGUCCAGUUUCUCUGCGUUAAAACAAACUGACCACGGCUUGUUUAGUUUCUACGACACAAUAUAAUCGUCACGGUGAAAACGCUUUGAGCUGUUGCAGCCUGGUGUCGGCCAGCAGCCGGUCACAGGUUCAUUGAACAGUUUGUCCCACAGUGUGCAGCCGCCCUUCUGAUGCACACUCAUAUCUCUGCUUGUUUCUGCAUCUUAUAGUCGGUCACUGGUUGGCUCUCAUGCUCACACUUACUGAAGGAACGCGGCACCGAGGACUCAAGGUGCCGUCAGACUGAACUCACUGUGGAGAUGCUGCUCCACUGUUUACAUAGCUUUACCAUGUUUGUAAGGAAACUGUCAUGUCUGUGCAAUAAAAUGUCAAACAUA